GAAUGACUCGUCCUUCCGGGUCUGUAGGAGGCUUUACUCGUCCUUCCAUGCCAGGAAUAACUCGUCCUUCCGGGUCCGUAGGAGGCUUUACCCGUCCUUCCAUGCCAGGAAUGACUCGUCCUUCCGGGUCUGUAGGAGGCUUUACCCGUCCUUCCAUGCCAGGAAUAACUCGUCCUUCCGGGUCCGUAGGAGGCUUUACCCGUCCUUCCAUGCCAGGAAUGACUCGUCCUUCCGGGUCUGUAGGAGGCUUUACCCGUCCUUCCUUACCCGGAGGUAUGACUCGUCCCUCCAUGGGCACUGGGAUUGGCGGGUUUACCCUUCCACCCAAACCAAAAAUAGACUUCCGGUGUCCGAAAGAAUGUCCAGUUUGUCAAAAAUUGAAGAAUCCCCUGUCAAAGCCGUGUACAGCUGUGGAUGAGUUUGGGGACAUCAAGGCAGAUUUUGAAAAUAGAUUGACCAGCAAGCGGAAGGAUAUUCUCCAAGAAAUCAAGGAUUUAGGCACGUUCAAAGCUAACAUGGAUUCCCGAACAUGCAGUGGAAUGAUUAAACAUAUUGAUCUUUACGGCAAGAUGGACAGGAAUACCAGGGACAAACUGAAGAAUUUUAUGCAGGAUCCUUCCUCCGUCAGCUCUGACGACAUGAAGAAGUUCCCUAAAGAAGUCUUCUCCUCCCUCAAUGACCAGAACGGCACUUUUGUGUUCCAAAACAUGGAUGCCAGGCAAAAAGUGGUGCUUUGUAAGGAUGUCAGGUAUAUGGACUGCAUGACCAGGACGAUGAUCACCAAAAAGAUCAACUGCGCACGCGCACUCGUUGAUGGUGGGAAAUCCAUUAGCAAACAGGACGCAAAGAGUAUGAUGGACGUUAGAAGUUGUCAAACUUGGGAUAGGGAAAAGUGGAACCUAACUCUCCAAAACUUUCCGGAAAUUCUCAAAGCCGAUUGUCUGAAAGCUGCCCCAACUGAUCUUCUAAUGGACAACAUGGAUGUGAUGAGUGGUAAGUGCGGUGACUUCAGUAAGCGGGACAUUCAGGUAUUCGCCAACAUUACUAGUGAAAAGAUCAAGGAAAAGAAAACCAGAGGUCAAAUGCAGCAGAAAGAAAAAGAUGACUGGGUCAAGCUUCUCUCUAAAUGUGGCGCGGAUCCAUCGUUUUUCAAAGACGUUCUAGAUCCUAAAGAGACACUGAGAACUGCUGAUCUAAGCAAAGCAUCGAGGGCAGAAAAAAUCAAGUUUGUAGAAGAUGCUUUGAAAACCGUGAGGCCUUCUGAAUUCUCAAAGGAUGAAAUUGCAAAUGCUGUUGGAGCUCUGGCUAAUGACCGGAAGGUACUGCGACAGAUGAACGCCUCGGCAAUCGAGGGGGCGGCCUGUGACGUAUGCAGUAGAGCGGGCGACAUUGACAAGUCAGACUUGAGGAAGUUUUCAGAGGUUGUGAUGGAGCAGCCAUCUUUCAGGGAUCCAUCUGCCUUUGACCAGUCCACUAUCGCCUGUAUGGGAUGUAUGAUGCCUUACAUGAAGAAAAGCUCUUUUGAUAACAUCCCUGACUCUGCCUUGCGGUCUGCCCUUACUUCCGGCAAUGUGAAGGAAAUGAAGAUGACUUCGAAAAAAAUGGGAAAGAAAGUUCUGGAAAAUGCACUGACAGCAUUCAACAAACCAAACGGAAGAUUUUCUGACGCUGACCUGAAAAAGAUGAAGGGCGCACUAGGAUGUUUUGAACCAGCGGACAUUGACAAGAUUCCGGACGCCUCCUUUACAGCUGAUGUUCUGACCGAUUUUGAGUCGGCCUUCUCCGCAGACGACAGACCCAAGAAGUCUCUCAAAAUGAAACUUGUCGACAAAGUUAAGAAGCAGUCUGGUGGAAUAGCUAAGUUGGUUGCCAAUGGUUUGGGUAAAGAAUUGUCAACUGCCGAUCUGGAAGACGCCCCUAUCUCAAGCUUCCCGGACCUGACGGGGGAUAAUGGCGAGAGUACAAUUAAAUGCAACAAGAAACAGGCCCGAGUUUAUAUGAAGAAAGUGAAGAGCGUACUUGGUGACAUUAACGGUACUGACUCUAACUUCACUCUGAGGAGACUGGCCAACAUGAAGCCGUUCCUGAGCGGACUGGAGGACAAAGACAUGAAGAACAUCGAACAAGACGGUACAUUCUCAGACAAAAUCCACACCAUCGCCAAAGCUCCGGAAAUGUCACGUGAACAGUUGAAAACACUGACUGACCUGUACAAAACUUACUCCAAAAUCGACUCUACAGACGAGGCAACAUUCUCGUCCUCCAUAGACAGCAACACAGUCGAUAACAUGGCGCCCGAGAUUCUCGCCAAGUUGAGUAAAGCCGAGUUGAAGAAGUUUGGUACAAGUAAUUGUGAUGCCAUUGUUCAGCGUUUGGCAGAGGCAGACGACAAAAGACUUACAAAAGAUGAAAUCAAAGAAAAAUUUGAGUUCAUUAAGGAAUGCAAGGGAAAGACUACCGGUACUUUGACCUCUGAUGACCUUUCCGAGGCGGGAAACAUGUUAGGUGGUAUUUCUUCGUCUGAUGCUGACAGAAUGGAUGCCGAUGCACUUGAAAAAAUGGGGCCCUCUCUUCAGAAAUGCAACCUAGAAUCCGCCACCAGAAAAAAGAUUGCCACAAACAUGAUCAGCAAGAUGUCCAUGACAGACACAAGCCAGAUUACGUCAUCUGGAUUCAUGGUUCUCGGAAACUUUGCAACAGAACUUACUGACUCUCAACUAGCAUCAAUGGAUAAGGAAACAGUGAAUGAUGCAACAGAUAAAAUAAUGGAGUCCUUCAAGGAGAAUGAGGACAAGAGGAAAGAAAGGAAGAAGAAUGCAGUGUCCAAGGAAUCAGAGUCCACAGAAGAGGAGAGCUUCAAGGCAGGGAAGAAGAAGAUGGUGAAGUUUAUCGUCGGUGUCAAGGAAAGCCUGGGAGGACAGCAGGCAUCCGGACGAAGGAAGCGAUCUGCAACUCCUUUGACAUGCACGGAUUUGACAGCUAUCGGAACAAGCGGAUUAUCAGCCCUGUCUACAACUCAGAUCAGCAACAUUCAGGAUCAGGACUUCAAGGACUGUGCUGAACUGUUAGGAUCUGUUACUGACUGGUCUGAGGCACAGAAGGAGGCUUUGGUGGCAGUUGCUAAAAGAUCAACAGUCUGGAACACACCGUCUACCUGGACCACCACUAAUGUUUACUCCGCCGGAUCCUUCAUUGGUGGAUUGACAACCGCGGAGAUCGACACCCUCUCCAUCAACUUGGACGCCAUAUCUCGAAUGGGAACUUUCAGUGAUUGGACUGACAGCAAAAAACAAGCAGUAUUCAGCCGCUGGUUGGCCUAUGAAAAAUCAUCAAAUCCUGCCACCAUUACCUCCAGUGAGCUCCGAUCUCUCGGUCACAUGACCUGCGGUGCCAGCACCGGCCAUAUUGCUACUAUUCUCUCUUCAGUUUACAAGGCAUCUGCUGACACUGUUGGCGAAGUCACAUCUUGCUCAGAAUUCCAACUGCAGUCUUGGAUUGCGCAUGCCAAGACCGAGUACGGGACCUACACACAGUGGGACAGUGCCACUAUAACCAGCGUGGGAAUUGUGAUGGGUGGUUUGACUGCCUCUGAAAUCUCAAGUCUAACGGAAACGCAGAUUGACAGUAUUUCUGCCUUUGACAUGUCCCAUAUUCCGUCCACAGCUUUUGCGGGUUUCACCACCACCCAGAUUUACACCUUUGAACCUGCCCAAGCCCAGGCCGUCACCGCCUCCCAGAGAGCUGCCCUAAGCUCUUCCCAGCUCUCAGCCCUGUCCUCUGUAUCAGGAAUCAGCUAUAGCAACACUGCAGCUGGUAUCCAGUGUUCCCUGUUUAUGGCUAUCCUGUUAGCUUCACUGGCUCAGUUUAUCAACAAGGCAUAGAUGCAAUCUCCUCUCUCUAGAUGUGAAAUUAUUUAGCUGCUAUCAAUUAAAAUGUAUCAGGUCAUUCAGAGGUUCUUUCAGGAGACAAUAUCCUGUGAUUGUUGUAGAUAAUAUUCUGACGAACUUUUGGUCGUACUAUCGUUCUUGUUACAACAGAAGAUUAAUCUUCUUGCGAAAACAUUAUAUACAUCUUGUUAGAUUCUUUUGUUUAAAUUUUAUUAAAAUACUUUUCUACAAAA